AUGGAGCCCGAGCAAGCGGCAACAUUAAACUCACAUGCUAUUUUCACUAGCAUGUUUUUUGAUGAGUUGAAGAGCAUUAUCGACUCUGAGUUUCCCCUGCGGCAUGACCCCGUGAAGAGCCCACUCACGUAUGGAACGGCAGGAUUUCGUUUCAAAGCUGAGCUUCUUCCACCAGUGUCAGCCCGUGUUUCUAUGAUAGCCGCAAUCCGAUCCGUGUACUGUCAAGGAAAGAGAGCAGCAGAAGGUCACAAUGCACCCUGCACGGUGGGUGUGAUGAUCACGGCAUCUCAUAAUCCGUACGUGGACAACGGAUUCAAAAUUAUCGACGUUGACGGAGGCAUGCUUGUAGAGUCCUGGGAGAAGUGGUGCACACGCGCUGCAAAUGCCUCGUCAGGAAGCGACCUGGAAAGGGUUAUGAUGGACUGUUUGGCGCAUGAUCCUAGCGUGUUUGAGCCGAAGCAAUACUCGUAUUGCCAGGUGCACUUUUCCAGAGACACGAGACCGAGCGGCGAAGAAAUCGUGAACGCAGGGUUGAGGACACUGCAUCUUUUACGGAACACCACCGCAAGGUCUUACCCACCUGUUUCGACGCCUUGUAUGCACUUUGCGAUCGAAAAAGCCAACGAGCUCUGCUUGGCAGAUGAGUCUGAAUCUCCAUCCUAUUAUAACGAGCUUUUAGCUGGUUUCGAGGAGAUGUAUCGCUUUGCAAGCGCAGGCUCGCAGUCACGUGAGAAAGAAGGCAAUCUCCAGCAACUUGUUGUUGACUGUGCCAACGGUAUCGGCUCCUUGACGGUGAAGGAGCUCAUUGACGCUUCAAGACAGCAUUCUGACUUCGUAGCGUUAGCUACCUUUUUCGAGUUGCAUCAGGUGGACUGCAACUGCCAAGAUGAAACGAUGCUGAACACCAAAUGUGGAGCCGACUAUGCAAAGCUGCACGCAACUCCGUCUACCGCAAUGUCUGCGUGGCCAAGCACCUGCCCGCCAGGUGUGAAUCCUACUGCCACACACUUUUACUCCCUUGACGGCGACGCGGACCGCGUUGUCGCAUUUCUCUACGACCCAGCGCGGAAUUCCAAGUGGGUAUUGCUGGACGGUGAUCGAAUUUCCAUACUUUACGCAAUGCUAUUGCGUAAGUGGCUUGGUGAAGAGCAGAUGAGGGCAUUGGAUGUGGCUGUUGUGCAGACAGCCUACGCAAACGGCGCAUCAACAGAGUUUCUCGAGAAGCAGCUCCACAUGCAGGUGUAUACUUCCGCCACUGGAGUCAAAAAUAUUCACCCGAUUGCGCACGCGCGCGACGUGGGAAUCUACUUUGAGGCAAACGGCCACGGUACAGUCUUGUUAUCUGAAAAGGUGCUUACAGAAGCUGCUUCGACCGGACCUGAAAAGGCUGCGCUGUUCGCCGCGAUGAGGCGUCUAAUGUCCCAGUGCUGCGGCGAUGCGAUCGCUGACAUGUUAAUGUGUGAAGUUGCGCUGAAAGCUUUGAAUAUGACAUUUCAGGACUGGGCGACCUUGUACGUUGAUCGUCCUUGCAAGCAGAUCAAGGUCACUGUUGCACACCCUGGCCGAAUCACGAACACCCCUGAUGAGCGUCGAGCAUUGUCGCCGGCCGGCAUGCAGGAUGAAAUCGAUGCCGCUGUUUCUCUGGCUUUGUCUCGUUGCGAGGCGGCGCGAGCUUUUGUCCGGCCCAGCGGCACGGAGGCGGUUGUGCGUGUGUAUGCGGAGGCCACUGACCCGUUAGUGUGCGACUCUCUCUCUGCAGAGGUCGCCAAGAUUGUUGAAGCAUACUGCGACUGA